UUGCUCCCCAACCUCCACGGUUUUCUUCUUUCUGGUGUUCUGCCUCUUGCUUGCGUUGGUAAAUUAGACCUUCCUGCUGUUUCACGCGGGCCCUCUCCUUUGCCCGAGCCGGCUCCGGCUGGAGACAUUGUGACGGAUACAUUUUCAUCUCCAGCUCCUACUCCUACCCCUGCUCCUGUCCCAGAAGCUUCUUCUCCAUCAAAAGCAGAGCCUGAGCCGGUCAUUGACCUGUUGGACUCCUUCAGUGGUCCUGUGGAGGAGAAACAGAUAUCUGCUCCUGGAGGGCCCGGAGAUGACCUGCUGGGAGGCCUGUCCCCCACUCUGGCUCCAGCCCUGGCUCCAGCUCCAGCCUCAGCCCCAGUACAGAACGACCUCCUGGAGACAGGCUUUGAUGCCCUGAGCUCGCUUCCCUCUCCCACGCCACCAGUACCUGCUGCAGUCUCAGCAGUACCAAUAGUGCCAGCUGCAGCAUCAGCAACAGAACCUGCAUCCACCACACCAGCACCCUCUGGUGGAUUUGAUGCCUCAAUGUUUGAUGGAUUAGGCGACUUGCUGAUGCCCGCCAUAACGCCUCAGAGCACCGGGGGCAGCACUGCUGGAAGCACAGCAGGCAGCAUGGGAACUCCCGUCGGAGCUGGAGGGAUAACAGCCGCUCCCCCCGCCACCCCACCUCCCACCAAAACUAUCGGAGGAGAUCUGGACUCAUCGCUUGCCAACCUGGUUGGAGAUCUUGGAAUGAAGAAAAAGGACCCACAAAGUGAGAAGAAGCUGACAGGAGGUGCUAACUGGAUGCCACAGGUAGCUCCCACAAGCUGGGCAACUCCGGGAGCUCCCAUGGCUGGUGCUGCACCUGGAGCUCCUGGAGCACCAGGAGCAGCUCCAACUGGUGCAGCUAUGGUGCCACCGAUGAGCACACAGACUGGCUUUGGCAUGGCUCCUGCAGGAGGUCCUGGAGCUCCAAUGAUGCAACCCAUGAUGGGGCAGCCUAUGAUGGGGCAGCCCAUGAUGAGACCUCCUUUCACAGGAGCUGCACCUGCAGCAGCUGCACCCGGAGCACCGCUUUCUCCAGGACCUGCAAGCCAGAGCCCUAAGAAGCCCAAGGACCCUCUAGCAGACCUCGAUCUCAAGGACUUCAUAUAACACCCCAGCUGCUUUCCUGUCUGGAUCAGAGCCCUCUCAACUUUUUACCUGGUGUCUAUCAACAUCUCAAGAUGCCAGCGAUGCUCAUCUACAUUUUUUCUCUACCCUGCCCAUCCACACUCCACCCCUCUCCUGUGUGAUGUUGUAGCACAAACUGUGAAAGUGAACCAUAGCGGCUUAUAUAUAAAUAUAUGAGAAA